UAUUUUCAAAACCGCAAGCAACAACACGAUCUCUUAUAAAAUGCUUGUAGCAACUAUGCAUUUUAAUGCUAUCUUAACUCUUUCGUUUUCUCUCUCUCUGACAGCUUUGAAAGUCUCUCUCCUUGACAAGCCCAAAUUCUCAAGCCAUGAAGGGACCGAGAACUGCUGUGAUUGCUCACAAGAGGCCUGACGCAGAGAAGUUGAAGGCACGCAAAGCCGAGAUCAAAACGACAAAGGAGAAAGGGAGCAAGAAGAACUCCGCUCCAAAGGAUCCUGAUGCUCCAAAGCGUCCUCCCAGCGCUUUUUUCGUCUUCAUGGAGGAGUUCAGAAAAUCUUUCAAGGAGAACUUUCCUGAAAACAAAUCUGUUUCUGCUGUAGGGAAAGCUGGUGGUGCGAAAUGGAAAUCAAUGUCUGAUUCUGACAAAGCUCCAUAUGCUGAGAAGGCCUCGAACAAGAAAACAGAGUAUGAGAAAGCUGUAGAAGCAUAUCAGAAGCAGAAACUCAACAAUAAUGGAGACAAUGAGGAAUCUGAGAAAUCCACGUCUGAGAUCCACGAUGAUGCUGAGCAUGAAGCCAGCUCUUAGAGAAAUCUAAUGUGGGCUUUGGAGCUGGCUUGUACAGAGAAGGAAAUGGUAAAAUUCAUCAUUUUGGACAGCAUUUAGGAGUAGUGAUUAACCAAAAUAUAAUGCUUUAGCGUAUCCUUAGAUCAUUUCGAUGUUGCUUACCAAGCAAACCUUUAGUCUGUUCUCUUGUUUAAUUUCCCUCUUAGCUUGAGAUGCUUUCAAAUUCUGUGAAGUUUUUCCUGUUAAUGAAGGUCAGGGAAACUGGAAAAAAAUGUUAUAAGAUUGGGUACCUUAUAUGGUGGUUUGGAUAUGGAAAUUGGUAUCUGCCUGAACGUUUACUUCUCUAA